AUGAUGUCCUACAUGAAGCAACCUCAUUACGCCGUGAACGGGUUAACUCUGGCCGGCCCGGGCAUGGAUCUGCUCCACACCACCGCCGUUGGAUACCCCAGUGAGUACCACGCUUGGCGCACAGGUACCCCACGCAAGCAGCGUCGCGAGCGCACCACCUUCACGCGCGCACAGCUGGACAUCCUGGAGGCGCUGUUCGCCAAAACGCGCUACCCGGACAUCUUCAUGAGGGAAGAGGUGGCCCUCAAAAUCAACUUGCCAGAGUCCAGAGUGCAGGUAUGGUUCAAGAACCGACGUGCCAAGUGCCGGCAACAGCAGCAGCAGAGCACGGGCCAGUCCAAACCGCGGCCUCCCAAAAAGAAGGCGUCCCCCGUUCGUGAGGCCAGCACAGAGGCCAGCGCCAACCCCACCAAUGGCCCCUACAGCCCGCCGCCGCCUCCCCCAGGGACCGCCAUCACGCCCAGUUCCAGCUCUGCCAGCGCCACGGUGUCCAUUUGGAGUCCAGCUUCCAUCUCUCCCCUGCCGGACCCCCUGUCCGCCUCCACCACCCCGUGCAUGCAGCGUACCAGCGCCUACCCCAUGACCUACACCCAGGCCCCGGCCUACAGCCAGAGCUACGCAGGGUCCUCCUCCUACUUCACUGGCCUGGACUGUAGUUCCUACUUGUCACCAAUGCACCCGCAGCUGUCGGGCACAGGUGGUGCCCUGAGCCCCAUCACCGCCUCUUCCAUGGGGGGGCCCCUCAGCCAGUCUCCCGCCUCCCUCUCCUCCCAAGGCUACACGGCUGCUUCCCUGGGUUUUGGAGCAGUCGACUGUUUGGACUACAAGGACCAAGCUGGCUGGAAACUUAAUUUCAAUGCCACUGACUGUCUGGACUACAAAGACCAGAACUCCUGGAAGUUCCAGGUCCUGUAA